AUGUCGUGUCGUCUACAGCUGCACAUGUGGCGACGAGCAUCCGCCCCUAGAUCACGCUCCCAUUUUACUGCUCAAUCGCGCCCCUACAGCACUAGUGGCGGCGCAUCUGACCACCCAGGCCCGUCGCGCCAUGCUCAGUUCUACUCCGAUCUUGUUCCGGGCAUGAUCCCCGUCGCCCUCCUCGGUUCUGCCGUCUAUCUGGGUUUACGCCUCCUGCGAGCGAGCCUUUCGCAUGAAAAAUACCUCGACGAGGCAAGAGAACGUGUGAGGCAACUAGAAGAAGAGGUCGAGACGCUACAGCGAGCGCAGCAGGCAAAAGAAGGCGCAGAGAUCGCCGGCAAGUCAUCGGAGAGGAGUUUGCUCCGUUGGGGACGAUAG